AUGGCCAAUAUCGAGGUUGAAUGGGAAGUCGAAGGCAUUAUCAGCCCACAGGAGAGCGUGACGAAGAUGCUGAAGGUCAUUGAGGAGAAGGGCAAGAGUGACAGUGGGACAUUCUGGUGCUGGGAUGGAAAAGUAUGCCUACCUUAUCCUGACAUGAUUGAGCGUGCAUGUAUGAUUGGAAUGGAGCUGACCUGUUGA